CCCCGGAGAAGGCCUCACUUGUAAAUCAUUUUCAAUCGUGUGAAGGCGAAAAGGAGAGUUCUGAACGAAAAAUGAAGCGAGCCCGUCGACCCACCACGGCCAACAACAAAUCCUUCGUCUCCGGCGGAGUUUAUCGCACAGAAUGAAAGUUAGACCAGCCGACCAGCCUGACGCUCCGGGUUACCUGACGCCCUGAUGGUGGCCGUCGGCCAGCGAGUCUCCUUUUUAGUUGACCCACAGGACUAGCCGCUGCAAGUGAUCUUAUCCAGGGGAACACCCGAAGAAAACAUGUUCCCUUCCUCUACUAAUCGGCUAAUGAAACUCUUUUGCAAACGCAGAAUCCCAAUGCUAUCGCCAAGCCUUUGAUCCAACAGCCGUUGCAGGGCUCUAAUGUCCAGGAGCAGGAGGCCCCCCCGGUGGCUGCUCAGCCGCCACCGGCUCCUGCCCCGACCUCCGCUGCAGUGGCCUCGCAGGCUCAGCAGAAGAAGGCGGAUGCGGCUGCCAAUACACCCAAGUUGCCCAUGCCCAUCAUAGUCAAGGAGGAGCCGGAGGAAAUCGUUGUGGAGGAAGCGGACCCCAACGAGGAUCUCUCCAUCGACAUCAGCGAGGAGAAUGGCAGCGGCAACGGCACCGGCACCGGCUCCGGAAUGGGCGGCAAGAUCCCCUUCAAGAAGAUCUUUCAGAAGCGCAAGAAGUCGUCCGAACGCACCCGCGACAAGAAGCAGCGCCAGAACCGCCAGCUGCGCAAGUCCAUGCUGCCGAAGAACGCCCUAAUGGCCCUAAACGAAGUGAAAGGUGUGACCAUUAGCGACUUCACCAUCGAAAGCAAUCCUGACGGAGGGUUCACGGCCGUGGUUACUGUGAACGCGAUCCAGUACGAGGGCAAGGGGCUCUCCAAAAUGUCCGCCAAGAACGCGGCUUGCGAGAAGGCUUGGCGCGACUUCAUCAUUGCAAAGAUGACCCCCAAGCCGCACAGGAUGCGCUACAGUAACUCAGACAACGGCACAGAGCCCAUGGAGACCAACGAGGACGAGGCUGACGCUCCAGAAGACGAUCUCCCCAUGUUGAAUCUCGCCUCGUUUGCCAUCUACAAGCUGUUUGCAGAGUGGGAGCGCGAGGGCUACGUCGUGCCCGAAAUGCAUCCCUCGGCCAAUGCUGCUCCGCCGGCCGGAGGGGAAGCCGUCCCGCCUGUUCCAGCGGUGCCGAAGGAGCCGAAGAAGCCGCCAAUGCGCACCGAGCUGCCCUCCGGCUGGGAGACCAUGCACCCAGCCACUAUUCUUUGCAUUAUGCGUCCGGGGCUCAUCUACUUGGACCACGGGGCCUCUGGCGACAAGCCCAAUGUCCUACAGCAUCUGGGAAUAGUGGUGGACAACCAGGAGUUCACCGCCAGCGGAAGGUCAAAGAAAAUCGCUCGCCGCAACGUGGCCAUUGAAGUGUGCAACACUCUCUUCGGAACAAACUUCUCGUACGGCGACACUUCAUCUUAAGACAUCGAUAGAAAGCACACCUAUGCCCCACUUAGCGGCCCCAUCUCCAAAAACGUUGGCCGUAAAGUCAAACGCGCAACUGUUCUUAGAAUUACUAUGAAGAAAUUGGUUGCCGAACAAUGAGUAUUUUACAUUUUUUUUACCGUUUCGGUCAGAGUUUAUCAUUCACAACUAUACGAAGAAUACUUAAAUAGAGUACGUCUCCCUAUCGGUUUUGGGUUAGACUUUCAUUCAUUGAGAUUAAUCUAUCGAAAGUAUGGACUACACAUAAUAGUUGCCCUUAAGUUCCACAUGUCACCAAUAGCCGAAUUGUCGAUUAAAGGGUCUAUGAUAAGCCCAUGUUUAAAUCAUAAAUCACGAAAAGUUUCAUCGAAGUUUUAUUAUGAUGGCUGCAGGGAAAGCAUUAUCACCACUUAUGUGCAAAGGCAUGCGCAUUGAGGCAAAUAUUUGUGUUACCCAGUGAAAGUAGGACCAUAUUUGAAUAUCGAUCAAUUUUAAAAGAUUUAGGUUGUUUACUUGUAUUUUUACCCUUGCAGAGGUUAUAAUGAUUUCCACCAGAAGUGGGCAACGCAGUGGAGGAGGUGUUUCCGACCCCAUUCUUUAGAAACGUAAUAAGUUAUAGCUCGGGUGGUCAUGGGCGUAUUAACUUCAACUCUGGGCAAUAUUAUUUGUAAUAAUUCAGAAUUUCGAAUACAAUUUGAAUAAUAUGAAAAUGCAAGGGUAUAGAAACUUCGGUUUGCUGAAGCUAGCUUCUCUUCUCGUUUUUUCAGUCGUUAACUAGGUUAAGACGCAUUAUUUUUUACAUUAAGGAUUAUUUCAUAUUACGCUUGUUUAACUAAAAUGAGGUGUCAAAAUCAGACCUCGUAGGUUUUAUAGGCUUUGAACCAAGUUUUUGUUUAACGUGGGAAUUUCUCAACACUAACAUAAUAGUAAUGGGUAUAACUACCCUUAGAGUUAGGAUUUUUAAGACACGGCAGCCGUUAAGUGAGGGUAUAGAUGUAAUAUUUAAUAAAUACAAAAUUAUUGAAACUCUAAA